AUGGAGAUUUUAAUAUAUACAGAUACAGAAACAUCAAAAUUAUCAGUAGAACAAGUAUUUUCUAUUUUUCAAUUUUUAUUAGGGCCAUAUUAUGUUAUAAAAAAGGUGAAUAAAUUAUAUCUUGAACAGCGAAGUAGAUGGGAUGACAUUGCGCUUUUUAUUAUGCCGGAUAGUCAAGAUGUUAUUUAUAAUAAUGGAUUAGGUGAAAAGACAAACGAAAAAAUAUUAGAAUAUCUUAAGAAUGGGGGUAAAUAUAUAGGAAUAGGAGCAGGUGGAUACUAUGCAUCUGCUUAUACAGAAAUUAAAUCUAAUGAUGCUGAAAACAAGGAUAGUAAACUUGUAAUUUUUCCGGGUAUUGCACGAAGGAUUGAAUUUUCUGAAUAUAUUUCUUCUAAUAAUGGUGAUAAACGGAUAGCACAUAUACAUAUUGAAGAUGAAUCAUAUGAGCAUGAAAAUGACAUGUAUUAUUAUCAUAAUGGUGUAUCAUUUGUGAACGCAGAUGAAUUCUUAAAUACACGAAUUUUAGCAAGUUAUAAAGAAAUAAACUCUAAUGAUAAGAAAUCAACCAAUGCAGCAAUUAUUCAAUGUAGGAUCGGGAAAGGAGAGGCUGUUUUAUUUACUGUUCAUCCAGAAUAUUCUGGAUUUAGUACAGAUUUGAAAGACAAUAUUAGGGACUGCCCUGAGAAUUUUAAUAAGCUACUGUUAUCCGAAAACAGUAGAACUAUGUUUUUAAGACAUAUACUUCAAUCACUUGGUUUACAAACUACAUCUAAACCCAUUAUAUCCUCAGAGAUUACAAAUCUUCAUCUUUUUUCGAAGUUUUCAGAUCUUAUUAAAGAGACGACUAAUAUUCUAUAUAAUAUUUCUGAAAUAAUAAAUGGAGAGCAUAUUAUUAAAUGUGAAAAUGAUUCAUUUUGUUUACAAAAAUCAUCAACGAAUACUUUUAAUCAAAAUUCUUUAAACAAUUCUCAUGAUUAUGACUAUGAAAUAAUUCCAAAAUAUAUCAAAAUUCAUGAACAUCUUCCAACUAUAUUAGAAACUCCAUUUUUUAAUCAUGAAAUCUAUUUUAAAAACCUUUUAGCAUCAAGAACUUUAAAAAAAGAGAAAAAAUAUAUGGGAAAUAUAGUAUUAUAUGGAGAAACAGUAUCUAGCUCACAAACAUUACUUGAUAAAAACUUAAAACUUUUAAGAGUUUUGCCCACAGGAUUUGUUUUUGUAGCUACACAACAAACAGAAGGAAAAGGUCGAAAAAAUAAUAUUUGGAUAUCUCCACAAGGCACUCUAGCAUAUUCUUUAAUUAUAAGACAACCAGAAUAUUUACUGCUUUCAUCAACUGUAUUUAUACAAUAUUUAGUCUCACUUGCAAUAGUUGAAGCUAUUAAAACUUAUGACAAUUAUUAUAAUGAACUUGAUAUUCAUAUUAAAUGGCCAAAUGAUAUAUGUGUAAAGCAGCCUGAGGAAAAUACUAUUGAACCAUCUUUUAUACUGAACAAUAUUGGCUAUAUUAAAAUUGGUGGGAUAUUAAUAAAUUGCAAACAUAUAGAUAAUGAAUUUCUUAUGAUUAUUGGAUGUGGUAUUAAUGUUAGUAAUCUUCUUCCAACAACAUCUCUUGAAAUGAUUAUUAAAAGUUUAAAUGCUAAAAAAAUGGCAGAGAAACAGCCAUUAUUAUCAGAAAUCACACAAGAAAAAUUAUUGGCACGUAUAAUGACAACAUUAGAAAGUAUGUAUUAUGAAUUUUGUUUGAAUAAUGGGUUUGAAUCAUUUGAACAACAAUAUUAUAAGUAUUGGCUUCAUAGUGGUCAAAUUGUUACUUUAGAAGAAAAUAGUAAUGCUAUUAUAACUGGAAUAAAUCCAAUAAAUGGAGGAUUAAAUGCAGAAGGCAUUGAAAAUGGAGAAAAAAAUGGAAAAAAAUGGGAGCUAUAUCCAUAUUCAAAUAGUUUUGAUAUGACAAAAGGGUUAAUUAAAAAAAAGGUAUAA